AUGGCCGACCGUGGUCACUACCGCGGUGGCCGAGGAGGCGGCGGACAUCCCCGCGGAGCGCGGGGCGGACGAGGCGGAGGACGAGGUGGACACGGAGCUGACUCGGGCGCUAGCGGCGGUGCACCGCAGGAACGGGAACGCCCAAAGAAAGAGAACAUCCUCGAUCUAAGCAAAUACGUAGAUAAGAGGAUCACCGUUAAAUUUAAUGGUGGCCGAGAAGUCACCGGUACACUGAAAGGUUAUGAUGCGCUUAUGAACUUGGUCCUCGACGACGUGCAAGAAGUUAUGCGAGAUGAUGAGGGGAAAGAGGCGACUCGAUCACUAGGCUUAGUCGUCGCCCGAGGUACUCUACUAGUAGUCAUCAGCCCAGUAGACGGAAGCGAGGAGAUUGAGAAUCCCUUCGGGCAACAAGCGGAAGAUUAG